GAAUUAUCAAUCCACAAUUAAAUGACGUUAGUGAAAGGGUAGAGAAUAUAAAGGUGUAUUCAGGUCUGGGGGAGAAGUUGUCGGUGCUGGAUAUAUUCAGGAAUAGGCGGAUACUCAUAACAUCUGUCAUUGUGUGGAUCAUAUGGUUUGUGAACAGUAUCACCUAUUAUGGCCUCUUUCUGACUUCCGGGAUAAUGGCUGGAGACAUGUAUCUAAACUUCUUCUUGAAUGGAUUGGUCGAAGUACCCAGCGUGUUUCUGUACAUGUUUACCAUAAACAGAUAUGGUAGAAAGAAAACAUGUAUAAUGUUUCAUGCUAUAGCUGGAGUGUGUUUGUCAGUGUCAGCAGUCCUCAUGUACCUAAAAGAUUCAUCAGUAAUGGAAGGAUUCGCCACUGCCUUCAGUUUUGUGGGAAAGUUUGGUAUAUCUGGAUCCUGGAUGACGAUAUUCCUGUAUACAGAGGAAGUGUACCCCACUAAUCUAAG